ACAUGUGAAAGCACCUACUGCUCGGGGACCCACCAAACCCUGUCAACCAUGGACAAUCCAAACGUCGUUCGUCCAAAGCCUUCUUACCCCAAAAACUACGUGGAUCACCUCGAUACAGAUGUGAGCGCUGCCUCCCCCGCCGCUCGAUUGCAGCGCAGCAUGUCCCGCAAUCAGUCGUUCGUCUCUCUUACCAAAUCUGCGCUGUUCGGUAUCUACGAACCUGUCGAUGAUCAGGUCGAGCCGCCUACGCCCGUUCCAUACCAGGGCGACAACAAGUCUUACCCCGUUGAAGCCCGGAAGGUCGAGGAUGCUCUGACUCAGAGUCAGGAGGCAAAGUUCUCGUGGUGGAUAUUCAGCACCCGAAUCACAUUGAUCUUCGGGCUCGGUUAUGGGUUUAGCGCGUUGUUUGCAAGCUUGCAUUCGCACACACACGACUUGCCGGCGUAUCUUUCUGACUUUGCAACAUCGCCAUAUCGAAGCUUAGCAUGUGGGCUAGCGGCUGUUAACUUUGGAUGUUUGUUUGCAGCGAUGGACUACUAUAGGAGUAUGGACGGGGAGUCGAGAAGCAGUAGCGAAGCGAGCACGCCAGGCAGAAGGGGUAGUCUUACCCUGGAUCGUUUCCGGCCAAAGGCGAUCGCAGGCGGAAAGGUGCACUGGACGUCGAUCAUGAGGUGCAUCGGUGCUCUGAUGGGUAUGGGAUAUGCUGCAUCCAAGAUUCAGGGAUCCGUGGUACAGAUUUCUUCCCUUCUCGCGUUAUUUUGCAGCAUCGUUUGGUUCGUGUUUGACAGGACCCAGGAUGGACUGUUGCUCUCCUCUGUCGUGGCGGUCGCGGGAGCUGUCUACGUGAACACCGUCGCCCCAGAUGCAUUUUAUGCUACGGGCACGGGAUUGUUCGCAAGCCCAGGCUGGGUUCCAGCAAGCUUGUUUUCCUUCGCUUGCACGUUCGGGAUUGUUGGAAGGAGUCUUCUGAACACUUUACCAGCGCCCAAGCGAGAGAAGAGCGCUUGAUCGCUUUAUUGCACAAUUAAAUUUUUGCCAUAAUCUCUUUUCAUCCUUUUUGGCGGUCUAUGAUACGAAUACCACAUCAGUAGGCCAGACUUUCUGUCCUUGCAUCCGCAAUUGCGGCCAACAUCAUUUUCUUCUGAGCGAGUGCAUUUCCUUGUUCCACUGUGUCCCGCAUUUCCUUCAACCACCUUAAUAAUUCUCGAUACCGUGACUGCUUUGGCAGGAGAACUGCGUGAAAUGCUUGUACUCCGAGCCUAAUAUCCGGUUAGAUACGCUCC